AUGGGACCCAGGCUGACUUGCGGGGGUAGCACGUAUCGGAGGCUUCUGCAUAGAUAUCUCUUCUUUUCCUCUCUCUUUUUUUCUUUAUAUCCCCCUUGCGAAUCACGUCUGCGUCAGAAAGAACAUUGUCGAUUGCUACGAGUAGCUGACGCCGGCCUUUUUGUAAUUGAUUAUUCGGUUGUUGCGAUACUGUACAGACAGAGAGAGAGAGCUACAGACCAGCUAGCUAGACCAGCUACCCACUUAUUCUUCUGGUCCCCUCCUCCUCCAUCCACCAGAGCAGCUGAGAGCUUCAAUCAACCCGAAUCCAUACAGCCCAAGGACCCAUCCCUUCUGCGGAAACCCACCAACGAACAAACAAACAAAAACAACACCAACCCCCUUCUAAACCGCCAAAAGGGGGGGAAUUACCCAUCACCGCAGAACAACCCCUCGCAGCGCCAGCCAGAAACCGCACAACACACAGCAACAACAACAACAACAACAACAUAUAUGCGCUCCCCCACCACCACAACCUCCUCCUCUCCGAACCUCCGCAUAUCCCAACUCUCAAACCACCUCUUAUCAUCCUCCUCUUCCUCCAUCACCCCAGCAGCAACAGCAACCAUGACCAGCAAUAGCAAUCCCCCCACCUCCUCCUCCUCUUCUACCCCCUCAACACCAACACCCGCAAAACCACCAAUAACAUGCCACGUCCUCGACACCACCAUCGGCCGCCCCGCCCGCGGGAUCCCCGUCACCCUCACCCUCGCCGCCUCCUCCAACGCCGUCCCAGAGCUGUCAUGGACCGGUCUCACGAAUUCCGACGGCCGCGUUGUUUCUUGGGAUCCCUCCCCCUCAUCUUCAUCCUCCAACAAAGAUCUACGAGAAGUGUUUUCUUCUUUCCCUCCUUCUUCUCCUUCUUCAUCCGGUGGCGCAGAUGGGAAGCAGCGGUACACGCUCUCCUUUGCCGUGCUGCCGUAUCUCGCUGCGCAGAAAGCCGCAAGAGGAGGUGCUGCUGGAAAUAAGGAGGAUGAUGUCCCCGAUCCGUUUUUCGAAGACGUCGUUGUCAAGUUUGUUGUUGGCGAGGGGCAGAGGAGGAAUGGCGAGCAUUUUCAUGUUCCGCUGCUUUUGGGUGGGUUUGGGUAUAGUGUUUAUAGGGGGAGUUGAG